AUGGCUGCCACGGCGUGCAAAAGAACGGGUGAACUAUUGCGUGAACACCGUACGCACGCAAACGACUGCAAAUCGAUCAAUGACAUUGUGGCAGCGUUGGCUCAUGCUCGCAUUGGUAGCGAGCCUUUGCACAAGCAAAGAGAGCAAGACUCUCCUCUGCGUAAUUCUAAUAACGAAAUGGCCGAUGAUGCGGAAAUCAACGAACAGCAAGACGAAGUUCCUAUGGAGCCGGAAGAUGCUGCAGGCCACAACGAGCAACCACAGCAGCAACAACUUCAAGAAGCUCCUCAAGUUCAACAACUCCAGCCGGGGGAAGCGCGACUGAACAGGGACCAUGAAGAAAUCCCACUAAUGCACCGGAAAAUUCAACGCAUACUUGGACGAACAGAUGACCUCAACUCGAUGAGAAAUCAGGUUGAUAGUACGUAUGACGAGGACGAAUUUUCCCAAAAAGGAAAGGAAAAAACCGAAAAAUGA